AUUCCAGGGCUUAGGAUGCUGCUGCUGCUGCAAGCUGUCCUGCUGCUUUUAGCCUUGCCCAACCAUGCUGAGGUUACCACGACUGAAGGUCCAGAAGUCCUGCUCCCUCCACCCAAGGGGACUUGUGCAGGUUGGAUGGCCGGCAUCCCGGGACAUCCUGGCCACAAUGGGACACCAGGCCGUGAUGGCAGAGAUGGCAUUCCUGGCGAGAAGGGUGAGAAAGGAGAUGCAGGUCUUCUUGGUCCUAAAGGUGAGACAGGAGAUGUUGGAGUGACUGGUGCUGAAGGGCCUCGAGGCUUUCCUGGAAUCCCUGGCAGGAAAGGAGAGCCUGGAGAAGGGGCUUAUGUGUAUCGCUCAGCAUUCAGUGUGGGACUGGAGACCAGAGUCACUGUCCCCAGUGUUCCCAUCCUCUUUACUAAGAUAUUCUACAACCAACAGAAUCAUUAUGAUGCCAGCACUGGAAAAUUCUAUUGCAACAUCCCAGGGGUCUACUACUUCUCUUAUCACAUCACUGUGUACAUGAAGGAUGUGAAGGUGAGCCUCUUCAAGAAGGACAAGGCUGUUCUCUUCACCUAUGACCAGUAUCAAGAAAAGAACGUGGACCAGGCCUCUGGAUCUGUGCUCCUCCAUCUGGAGGUGGGCGACCAAGUCUGGCUCCAGGUGUAUGGGGAUGGGGAUAAUAAUGGACUCUAUGCGGAUAAUGUCCAUGACAGUACCUUCACAGGCUUCCUUCUGUACCAUGAUACCAACUGAUUGCAACUAACUCAGAGCUACCAAUAGUCUAAGCACUGCAAGAAUCAUAACAGUCAACAAGCUUCCAGCAUAGUUUGAAAGAUUGAUUUUAUUGCUUAGUGUGAGGGUUCUGAAUAUUAUCCACACAUAUAUUAAUUCAUUCAUAAAAUGACUUUAUAAAAUAAUUUCUGUGUUCUUAGUCUAGAAAAAGAAUCAUUCCCUGGUCUCCACACUCUUACAUAGUAGCAAUAUUAAAAUGAAAAUAACAUUUGGGGGACAUGAUUCACAAUACUCUCAUGACUUAAGGAAGUAGAAAAUGCUAUUUUGUGUUCACUGUCUCUCUUGAUGUUCAUACAAAUCCUGUAAGGCACUUGUGAAAUACAGCAUCUCCUCUUUUUA